UUGGGGGCUGGCUGUAAAUUGACGUGGCAUGGAAAUUCUCCGCUAAGUUGUAGCAGCUUGCAUGCUCCUCUAAAAUCAAGCCCAGUCUCCCGGAGCUGUAGCUUAAGAAUCAUGGGUUCAACGACUUUACAAAAAAAUGGGUAGACAAGAUUCUCAGCUCCUUUCUUUGGACUCAAAUGUUUUCUUUUGGGGAAUCUAUGGCUUAACUGAAAAAAUCAAAGCAGUUAAGUCUGUAACUUUCUUUUUGCAGCUUAAACAACAGAAUUUGCUGCUCUCCCUCCCCUAUCCUGCAAUUUAAUUCCUUACAGAUUUUGCCAUGGGGUGUGGACUUAGAAAGCUAGAAGACCCUGAUGACAGCAGUCCUGGAAAAAUAUUUUCUACCCUGAAGAGACCACAAGUGGAAACAAAGACAGAAAUUGCUUACGAAUAUGUGUUGCUGGAUUUUACUUUACAAGCUUCAUCAAACCCAGAAGUCAUCAAAAUAAAUUCGGUUCUGGAUAUAGUUUCAAAAGUGGAAGACUACUAUCUGAAAGGAUAUGUUGUCAGGGCUAUUCAUCCUGUUAUACAGCCCACGGGCCAGCGCAAACACCUACCAGCCAGUCACCUUUACAGGGUGGUGUUGUCACGCCUGAAAUUAAGCCAGAAGCAUUCAACAGCACCCAGUGGACAAAGACGCCCAAGGCUUGUGAUUGAGGAAUGUCCUCUAACUAUUGAAACACAAGCAAAUGACGUAGCAAAAGAACUGAUAGAAAAGAUUAAUGUAGCUGCUAAAAAAGGAAUGAAAUUUGUUGGAUUCAUAUCACAGCAUUAUCCAGCAUUUAAAUAUUGCAAUGGAACCAGCCAUGAUGGAGAUUUAGAAUCAACACUGCAUGUGAAACACAGCUCAGAGGAAAACUGUAAAAGUUGGAAUGAAGGAACAUUAAGUGGGCAAUCAUCUGAGAGUGGGAUUGAGGAAGAACCUCAUCAUGAGAGUGGACAGUGUCAAAUGGAACAUGAUGGCAGCCCCAGACCCUCUAAAUCAAGAAAGGGAGAAGAUAAUAAGUUUUACACAGUCUUCAAUGUUUUUGAUGAUGAAUUAACCAACUGGACCUACCAGGAAGGCAUCCUGUCAAUGAAAGUAACAAGAAAAGGAUCUGUCAUUAGUACACUUGAUGCUGAUUGGCUGGAGUUAACUACAUUUUACUACAAGCAGGGCUUGUCUUUAAUUGAUUCUUUUGUAUGCUGGGAAACUUCUAAAGGGGACCAUUUGCCCAAAUCUUUGGAAGGUUUGUUUAUCUAUGAAGAAGAGGGUUCUGGAAUUCCAGGUUCUAGUAAGAAAGGAAAUGAUGCCAUCGUAGUAGAACAAUGGACUGUUAUUGAGGGCUGUGAAAUCAAAACAGAUUAUGGCCCUCUGCUGCACACCCUGGCUGAGUUUGGAUGGCUCCUGACAAGUGUGUUGCCCACCCCUAUACUGAGACAUGACAGUGAAGGGAACUUGGCUACAAAGCAGGUUGUAUUCCUUCAGAGACCUGUUAUGUGGAAUUCAGCUGCUCAAACACCAGAAAGAAAAGCCAGCCGGCAUAUAAAAGGUGAAGACAAGACCAAAGUCACCACCAGCAGGAGCAUUGGAUUGGACACAGCCACAUCACAAACUCCAGAGGGCAGACCCCCACCUGAGGAGUGUCCUCUCUCUCCCUCUAAAGAAUGCUGGAUGAAGGACAGGCAGCCAGCACAGUAUAGCAGUUUCUCUGGGCUCAGCAGCAGUGACAGUGUCCUGAGGGAAUUAGAUGAUGGACAGUUUGAUCAGGAAGAUGGAGUAACUCAGGUCACUUGUAUGUGACAGGACAGUAAAGCAAUGGAAGCCCCUGUGAAUAACUAUUAAAAUAAUUUUCAACUGACUUGAUUGUAUUACUUUAUCUGCAUUUAGAUAGUACUCUGAAUUUUCAAGACUUGGGCUCUCCUCUAAUCUUCCUAAACUUUGACUCAACCUGCCAGAUAAGGAAUAAUAACCAAUAUAUUUGUAAAUAUAGAAUAAUGUUUACACUUCUGUCAAGCAGAACAUCAGUUUAAACAGAUGUUUUAUUAGGUUAUUAGCCAAUAAUCUAUUUGUUUCUCAUGAGUGUAUAAGUAUACUUUUAUAAUUUUCUUACAAUUCGUGGAAAGAAGACUAAAUAUCUCAACCAAUAUUUUAUUUUACCUAAUUAGAAAGCUCUCAGGAAGUUAAACUCUUAUUGAAACUGUAAAGUAAUUCUGUCUUUCCUAUACACACACCAAGGGCUAAUUAAUGAAAUGUUUCCUUAAAUAACAAUCCAAACUUUGUCUUUAACUAUGGAAAAUAUACACAAAGAAAGCUUAUAUUUGUUAAAAUAUUAUUUGAAAAUAGUUCUUUGGUAUGUCUUUGCUUUUAAAAGAGUCAACAUUUCAUCAACCUUGUACUGAUUCAUUGAGCUUAAACUUUCUUUCUUCUAAUAAAAACUCAGAAGCAGAGCAAAGUUGUAUCCCUUAAAAACUCAAUAUUAAAAAAAAAAAAUCCCACAAUCCUAACAUUUACAAGCUUGAAAUUGCAAAUAGGAUGAAAAUGGAAACCAUCAACUUUAAAGGGGAGCUGGAGUCUUUUCAUCUAUCUAGAUUUGGAUUAUGCUUUUAUUUUGAUUGGUAAAUCUUGAAGAACAUAGAAACACAGAAUUUUCAAUCCUGCAGAGUGGAAAUGUUCUCAGAGCAUACCUAAAGUAUACAGCAAUUUGUUCCAUCUCUGCUUUUUUUCCUUUGCUAGUAGGGAUGUGGUUGCCUUGUGUAAUGUGUAACUGUUAAGAGGUAAAGAUUAAAAUUUUACAAAAGAGGGUUUACAUUUAUCUAUUAAAGGAUAACUUUUAAAUGUGGGAACAUUCAAGUCGAAUACAACUAAUUUUGCCAUUUAUGAAUUCAGCCUAUUAUAUAUUUUUAUUAGCUUUGGUGUUGACAAUAUAAGUUAAUUGAAUAAUAAAUGUCAUUUGUUAUUUGCCUAUUA